AUGAGAAUACGCCUUGCAACAAUUCAUCCUUUGCCUCCAUUUAAAUGUUGGCAUUUUAUUCCAACUUUAUCAGAUUCAAUAACAAUUCAACAUUUGAUUGAAGAUGUAAUUGAGACAUUCUCUUUAGAGGUAAAACCAUGUCAACUAAGUCUUGAAUUAGACGGUUUCUAUUUGCCUUUAAAGGCUCCUAUUUGUAAAAUAUUGAGGGAAAAUGACUUAAUUAUAUUAAAACAAACUGGAGAUUCGUUUAAUGAGAAAAGCAUUGUUCACUUUGUAUCGGAAAAAUAUCUGUCAAUACCUAACGAUCAUUUAGUAGAAACAAAUUAUAAAAACGACAAUGAAGCAAAAAAUGAUAUAGAUUUGCUAAAGAAUAAUGAAUAUGUUAGCACGAUCAACAAUACUGUAAAACGUGAUCAUGAUUUAGCACAAAAGAUUGUACAAGGUUGUAAUCUUAAGAGAAAGCUACAGUAUUUAGAAAAUGAAAACGAAUCUAUUAAAAAAAAUAAUUUGAUUAAUUUUGAUACAUUAGAAAAUGAAAUUACUUUGAAUACAGGGAAAAAAAUACAAAUUUCUAAAAAAAAAAUAUCUCCAAUUGAAUUAAAUUCACAAUCUUCUGCCUCAAGUAGUUCAACAAAAUCAUCAACAAAAUCAUCAUCAUUAUCAACAUCAUCAACAUCAGCCACGUUGUCUUCUUUAUUAUCAGUCUCAUCAACAUCAGCCAUGUCAUCGUCUUUGUCAUUAGCCUCGUCAACAUCUGAGUCAUCAUCUAUUUCUGAAAAAGAUUCUUCUGAUUCAAGUACAACAUCAAGAUCAACCUCAAAAAUAAACCAGAUACCUUUAGAUAAUAAAAAUCAAAAAAGAGCACCACCUGGUCAAGGAUCACUAUCUACUAAAGCACGUAAUAUGAGGAAAAAGAGAACUAAAAAACUCCUAAGAUUUAAACAACAAGGCAUUCUUCCAGACUCUGCUACAUUUGCAGAUUUGUUACAAAUAGAAGAAAGAAUAAACAAAAAUCAAAACAAGGAUAUUGAAAUUAAACCACUAAAAAAAUACAUAAAAAAUAAAAGUAAAGGAUUUAUUUCGAAAAUAGGAAAUACUCAGAAUAUACAUAUUAAAUUUGAUAACGAUGGAAAAACAAUUUUAAAUAACAAAAUAAAUGAAAAAAAUUGGGAAGAUAGAUGCAUUGUAAAAGAAAUAGAGUGCGAAAUUCCAAAUGUACCUAUUCAGGAUAUUUCUAUAACACCAAAUAAAAAUAAAGAACUUUUAAAUAAAACAUCACCAGAUAGGAUGCCGCCUUUGCCUGAAAAUAUAGAAACACUUACUCUUCUUACUGAGCCACCACCUAUAGGAUCUAUUGUUGCAUUUAAACAUCUUAGCAUGAACAACAAUUACGAACCUAUUUUAUCAGACUAUAAAACAGCAAUAAUAAUAGAUAAUUCACCACCAAAUAUUUUAAAAUUGGAGCUUGCUAAACGUGACCGAAAAGAAAAAAAAAUUGAUCCAGAAACAGGAGAAUAUAUUUAUGGAAAGUUUGGGGUAGAUACAGAUAUUGAACAAAAUGGCCAAUUAAUUCUGGCUUGGGAGGAUCUUGUAUCGCCUGUUCUACUUCAGAAAAUGUAA